GCUCACAUUCGGCAACAUGGCGCCUGCUACGGAAGGUCUCACGGAUUUGCAGAGGGAAAUUUUUACAAAAAUCAGCCAGAAUGAAGUGUCCGAGCUGAAGGCAUUAUUUGCGCAGAAUAAAAUCAAGAUAGAUUUUGUGGAUGAGAAUGGCAUGAGCCCGCUCCAGCAUGCAUGUUAUAAGGGAAACAAGGAAGUUGUACAGAUGCUCCUGGACCAGGGUGCAGAUGUAAAUGCCUGUCAACACGAACAUGCAUAUACUGCUCUUCAUUUUGCUGCUUUAAGUGGUAAUGCUGAACUGUGUCACCUUUUGAUGUCACAUGGAGCACGUUUGACAGCGACAAACAGUGUGGGCAGAACAGCAGCUCAGAUGGCAGCAUUUGUGGGAAAUCACAAUUGUGUAGCGACUAUCAAUAACUUUAUUCCAAAAGCUGAUAUAGAUUAUUUUAUUAAACCACAGGGCUUGCAGACUGAACCCAUGCUACCGCCGCAUUUAGCAGAUUGUUUCCAUGAAUUCAUAAUGCAAGUCAAUGUAAAUCCUGUACGUGUAUGUAUGAAUUUACAGAGACUUCCUGCUCUUCUGGAAAAUGCGGCAAAAAUACAAAAAGUAUUAGAAUCUAUGCGCUACAGGGAAAUGACACGAGGUGCUGAAACAAAUGAAGUGAUGGCUUUCAAGUAUCACUACCUUAGUUGCAUUGUGGCCGAAGUGUUAAAAUGUCAAAAGCGACAAGAAGCUAUGAAGGCAGAGAAAAGCGGAAAUGAGGAGAGUGAAGAAAAGAAAUCUGACACUGUAGAACUUUUGGUUCGAAGAUUCCUCAAGUGCAGUAAAAGUGACGGUCUACCAGAGUACCAAGAAGCAUUUUUGAGAGAGGCUGUAAGAGAGUUUCCGUUUAGAGAAAGUACAAUUUUUCGCCAAAUGGUCGCCACGUUGGCUGGCACAGAUCCGCCGUCCGCCGUUUCUGUAGUUUCCGCUGCGAUAAAUGGGCAACGAGGCUUUUCCGAUAAUGCUCAGACUUGUGUAACUUGCGGCGAAGAUAAAGCUACCAAAAAGUGUAGCAAAUGUAAAGCAGUGCAAUAUUGUGACAGGGAAUGUCAAAGAUUGCAUUGGUUCAUGCACAAAAAGGCAUGCGCUAGAUUGGAUCCAUCUUUAGCUAAUAGCGGAAAGGUCACGGAUAUAAAUAAAGAACAGAUUACCAAUGCUGUCAGUUCUAGAUUGCAGAAUCUGACUGUUAAAUAAAUAUGUACAGAUUUAAUAUUAGCAGUUGAAACUGUUUCUAUCUGAAACGCAUUAUAUUUCGAUUAAAAUGUUUAUUUUUUCCUGUAUAUAGUACUCUACUAGAAUUGUUAUUCUAUAUAAAAUUUUUUCAUUCUGUAUAGAAUUGAUGGAUCUUCAUAUAAUUGUGCCCAUCAUACCUAUUUUUAUGCAAAUCAUCAAAAUUGCAUAAGCAUUUUUUUAGUUACGCAUUUAUGUUGACAACUUUUUGAAUAUCUAUUCUUAUUAUUUUAUUAUUUGUAAUAUUAUAAUAAGUAAUAAAACUGAAUCAGAUUAUAAGUUUUUAGUCAUGCACACACACAUACACCCAAAGAUAUUCUGUUCAAGAGAAAUAUAAAUGCAAAUUUGAGUUGUGCUGGAUUUUUUUAACUGACUGGCCUUUACGUGAUUAUAUAUAUACUUCCUUGUAUUCCUGACAGUAAUAACUGUGGCCAAACAUAAGUUGUAAUAUGAAGAUAAGGAUAAAGAUUACACAUAUAACAUAAUGUGACCAAAUAUUCUUUUAUAAUAUAUAAAUAUAUUCACACAUUUAUAUAUUAAAUUUGCAACUUGCAAAAGAUAUAUGCAUAAAAAUAAUCUAAAUGGCACAAAAAAGGUAAAAAAAAAUUUUAAGACAUCUUUAAGUCAUCUUUUAGAUAUCUUUUGGACAUGUGUGCUGUCUGCGAAAUGUUUAUACAAGAAUAUUUUGUUGUAUUAUAUUGCCACAUAAUAUAAAUCAACACUUAUUCUUAUCAUUUAUCUAUGUGUGCUCAGUUAAACAUCUGUUUGUAAUAUUUUAAAGCUGUGUUUCAAAAAAGCUUAUUGUGAUGAUUUAUUGUGAUUUAUCAUUGCUGAAAUAAAGCAUGUUUGCUUGUGAUUGA